CACUGAGUUAAUUCCUACUUGGCCGAGACUGUGUUAAGCUCAGGUCACACAGACAUGGAGCGUCCCUGAUGGAGCUCAGAGUGUGGGAGGUGGAGGAGCAGGCAAUCAGGGCAGAGGGCAUGGCCAGGGUGUGUGGGCACGGGGUCAUGGGGCCACAGUGCCCCCAGGUCCAAAUUCUGGGAGAACAGGAAGGGCCUGGGGAAGCCCUAUUUCCGUUAUGAAUUCCUUUGUACUCUUAUGGCAACAGCGGGGAUCUCGACAAUUCCUGGAGUCUCUCAACCACCUGGCAGCUCACUUUCUUGUCUGGUUUCCCCUUCUAUGUGGGUCUGUGUCCCAAUCUCUUCUUCUUCUUAUAAGACCCUGGGUCAUUUCCUUCCCAGAAGAGCAAGCAAGGGCGAGAAGAGUGAGAAAUGAGGAGAGCGGGUGGGGGUUGAGGAGCAGUGGAAGCCAAUGCCAGCCUUGGCAAUUUCUUGGAAUGAAGUGGGGCUGUUAUGGGAUUUUGAGCACAGGAGGGAGGUGCUGGAACUUUGGUUAAAAGCAUUCCCUGGCUGCUGUGCUGAUAAUGAACUGUAGUGUGUAGUGGUGGUGUGUGUGUGUGUGUGUGUUGGAGAAUGUAUGAGUUUCUUGUGGCUGCCAUAACGAAAUAGCACAAACUGGGUGGCUUAACACAAGAUAAGUAUAUUCUCUCAUAGGAGGUCCAUAGUUUGAAAUCAAGGUUUAAAGAGGAUUGGCUCCUUGGAGUUCACGUGUAUGGGCUGAUGGCAAUGAACUUAGGCCCAUUUCGGGUGCACAGACACUUCAGUGAAAUUCCUAUGGUUGCCAAGGAGGCACUGAGCUGAUGUGGGGGUAGAAUCCGUCCCAUGCCUCUAUCUAAGCUGUUGGUGGCCGGCAAUCCUUGGCAUUCUCUGGCCUGUGGCUGAAUCACUCCAAUCUCUGCCCCUGUUGUCACGUGGUCUCUGUAACUGUAUCCCUGUUGCCCAAAUUUUCCUUCUACAAGGACACUAGUCAUUGGGUUAGGCCCCUCUAAUCCAGUACGACACCAUCUUGAUCACAUCUGCAAAGAUCUUCUUUCCAAAUAGGUCAUCUUCCCAGGUUCUGAGUGACAUGAACUGUGGGGUGGGGACUAUGCAACCAGGCCAGAGGACCAGUGAGGAAGCAGGGAGACCUUGCCGGUGCCUGUUGUCACACCACCUCUCUUGGGCUUCUAGACCCAUUGAAACUACCUUGUGGAACCCUCCUCUCACUUAAAAACAACCACCAUUUUUGAGGGCGCCCAGGAGUGGGGGUUCCCAGGCAGGAAGGUGUGUGGCCCUGUCUGCUCCAGAUUUGUGGGAGAAGGCCCAAAGGCAGGGGGCGAGCAGGGUUCACAGGUGUCUUCUGUUGUUUCCAGUGGCUUCCCCAUGAAGCUCUGCAUCUCCCUGCCCCUCUUCAUUGCUCUGGUGCUGCUUCUCUUGGUGACAGUCUCGCUGUUGAUGUGGAGAGAGGUGAAGCGACAGAAGAAAGCUGCUGGGAUACCCCCACAGCAGGCCCCCUUUCUGGUGACGAAUGUUUCCUACGAGGCCCUGUCUCUGGACACCUUGGAUCAGGACUCAAUCUACAGCAACACGCAGGGCCUCGUCACCCCCCUUUCCAGCAGGAGCCAGGAGGCGCUCGUCCAAUACAGCGUCAUCAGGGAGCCUUAGCUGUGCCGAGGGCCCCCGGUCCGACCCCACAGGAGGCCCGUCAGCACAUUCCUGCCUCGUCUGCUUUCUGCUCCCAGGCCUCUCUUCACCGCAGACCGGAACUGGGCUCCAAGCCUGGUCUCAGGGGGCUUCUGGGAGAUAGAAAGGGGUCUCCCAUAUCCUUUCCUCUCCCAGAAGCUAGGGCUAUGGUCUGUGGCAGCUGAGGGAGGAUCAUGACAAUAAUAUGAUGAUGAUCAUGGCAAUAAUAGUAACGAACCUUUAUUUAUCGCUGCCGUGUGCGGUGGGCUGAAUAAUGUUCUAUGUGUGCUCAUCUCCAGAACCCGUGAGCGUUAGCUUCUAUGACCGGAGGGGCUGGGCAGAUGUAAUGACACGAAGGACUUGGAGAGGGGGGAUUAUUCUGCAUUAUCCUGGCAAGCCCUAACUAGAGUCACAAGG